CCAUUUUCUACUUUAUUUAUUUCUUCACCUUUUCCUGGAAAACCCUUAAAAAAUUCUCUUCCCUUGAAGAAAUUCUGCAAUCACACAUAAAUUUUUCCUUUUUGUCCCCUGUAAUUUUUGCCAGGUUCAUGAUAACUUUUUGUUGUAUCAAAAUUUUCACCAUCGAAGCUCUGUGCAGCGUCUGCAAUGGUGGAGUUUUAAUCCACAAAGUUCUUCUUUUUUCCUUCACAGAGCAAGGCAGAUGGUAAAUACUCUAUCAUUUAGCUGUUGAUCUUCAAUAAUUCAACUAGAGCCUUGGGGUCUUUUGUAAUUUCUGUAGGACGCGAGUUGUUCUUCUUUCUAUUUCAGCUCAUUUUCCUUAUUUGAAUUUGAUUAUUGAUCAAUUUAUGCAUGUAUUAGCUGUAGGUAAUUUUUUUGUUAUUUUAUGUUUAGGUAGUAGGGUUUUAGAGAUUUUUAGAGGGAUUUUGCUUGUUUCAUCUGUGAAUGGAGGCAAAAGAGGGAAUGAAUUUUGAGGUUGCAUUGAGGGGUGAGGGAGCUCCUGAUAGCUAUAGAAUUGUCUCUAGGGCUACUGAAAACCCUAGCCAACUACCCGGUCCCACAAUGGCCUCUCCGGUGGGUGUGGCGGAGCCUCUGGCCCCGGGUACGGAGGUGGUAAAAAAGAAGAGGGGGAGGCCAAGAAAGUACAGUGCUGAUGGGACAGUGUCGAUGGCUCUGUCUCCCAUGCCGAUAUCAUCAUCGAUUCCACUCACCGGAUCAGCGUGGAAACGCGGACGAGGGCGCCAUAUUGAUUCCAUAAAGAAAUCUCACAAAUUUGAAUAUGAGACCCCAGGUGAUAAAAUUGCAUACUUUGUAGGAGCAAAUUUCACACCCCAUGUUAUCACAGUCAAUGCGGGUGAGGAUGUUACAAUGAAGGUUAUGUCAUUGUCGCAGCAAGGUGCUCGUGCUAUAUGCAUUCUUUCUGCAAAUGGUGCCAUUUCAAAUGUUACACUCCGUCAACCCACUUCUUAUGGGGGCACUCUAACAUAUGAGGGACGUUUUGAGAUACUCUCUUUGUCUGGAUCGUACAUGCCUAUUGAGAAUGGAGGUACAAAGAGUAGAUCUGGAGGAAUGAGCGUGUCUCUGGCUGGGCCGGAUGGUCGUGUUAUUGGGGGAGGACUUGCUGGUUUGUUGGUAGCAGCAGGGCCUGUGCAGGUGAUUGUGGCCAGUUUUCUACCCGGUCACCAGCAGGAGCAGAAACAUAAAAAGCAUAGGAGUGAGCCUGCAGUAGCUGCCACCCCAAUCACGACAAAUGCUAUUUCUGUAAUCUCUGCAGAAGAAUUGAAAGGGGCCUAUGGUGGAGUAAAGCCCACUGUCGCACCAUCUUCAUCCUUCCCCGGAGACAGUUCAGCUUCUCUGAAUCCAUUGCAAGGCUUUAGCAACUCAGCUACUGACGAUAAGACAUCUUCUCCUGGAGAUGAUUCUAAAGGUCCAGACCAAUCAAAUUGUGAGGUUUCUUCGUGAUCAAGGCCAAACUUUGUACCCUUGUUGUAUCUUCAUUGUUUUUUACGCAGAAUAACAGCAUUAGAUUAACUCAACUUGUCCGGAACAAGUAUAAAGGAGUUGGCUAUUUUUAGGACAAACUAGGCUUUGACAUGGAGAUGUAUUUCGUGCUUUUUUCUGAUUAGGUUUAGGUAGUAUUUAUUUAGGAUUAUCCAGUAGCUGGUGCUGCAGUGUACCAUCAAGUGUUGUCUGAUUUGUUAGUGUAAUAUUUCCUGAGGUAUGAAACCUGAUGUUGUUUAUGCCUUAUCACUCAAAAGUGCCACUUGAAGUGGUACAUUUGACAUAAUUUGUUGGUUGCCCAGUUGCCCUCUUCA